AGGAGGCAAUAGAGGUAAGAGGUUGGCCGUUAUAUAGCGAUCCAGCUAACUUCACAGCUCAUUAUGCCUGGGAAAUGUAAAUUCCAAAACUCCUGGCUCUCAAAGGGAAUUUACAAGGACUGGCUGGCUAAGGACGUCCAGGACAUUCACUUCGCCCGAUGUAGGGCCUGUGGUAAAUCAAUCAAACUUAGGACCAUGGGCGAGGCUGCUCUCACCAGCCACGCAGGGGGAGCUGGCCACAAAGCGGCGGUCCGCAAGCUACUGGAAGCAGGAAAUUUGAUGAUGAUAAAUUCCGCCGGGCUGAUGAAUGGAAGUGUGAAUCAGUCUCCGUCUCAGAUUGAGGAAACCAAGGAGCAAGUGGCCAUCUGCCUCCAGCGUGAAGCCCUGGACAGAAUAACAGGCAGCGACUGGUCAGAUCUGCACCACAGCCCCACUACAAACUCCACCUCCCACAAUGCAGAGCUGCAGGAUGUGACAUUUCCUGCUGCCUUCUUCACCGCACCAGGCACCUCCAGGCUCAUCAGCCAGCGUCUCCACCCGCCGGGCAGCCCGGCGGAGGAAGCGACCAGGCUCUCGAACCAGCAGGACUCCGCCGACCUGUCGAGACUGGAGCACCAGCAGAGGACAGAAGCUCUGGAGCAACAGCAGCAGAUGAAGAUCCUGGAGUGGGAGAACAGGAUGAAGGUACUGGCGUGGGAGCAGGAGCUGGUGAGGGAGAAGAGGAGAGCAGCCCGGCAGAAGGAGAAGGCCUUCAGGAUGAAGAAGACUUACUACAAAGCCAAGUUAAAGAAGAUGGGCGAGGACGUGCCGCCAUCUUCCCCCAGCAGCAGUGAAGAGGAGAAAACGUCUGAUCCGACAGGAUGAACUGUUUUAAUAGUUUUAUUCUUAUCAGUGCUUAUUUCAUUCUUGCCUUUACUUGUCUAUAUGCUAUGGAACUGUUACUAUUUUUAUACAUUGAUCUGUACUUUAAUGCAGACGAAGGAUUGUCAGUUGCUUUAAAUCAACUGUCCUUCCACAAAGUAUGUUGAGUACAACACUUAAUUUAAAGGUCAACACAAGUGAAAGCGGUGGUGCUAACAGACCUAUAAAAGUACAGGGAAAUACUAUGAAACAUAAAUAUUUUGCACAGUUUGUAGAAACUGAACUGUGUAAAAAGGUUGAGAUCAAAAUCACAAUUAUUCUGUUUUGUCUUAUCUGUCAAUUAAUCACAAUGUGGCUUCAGUAUUCAAAAUGAAAUGAUCUUCAUUGGUGUUUAAGGCAGUGCUGUAGUCAAGACCACCUUUGUCGAGUCCAAGAGCAGGGCUAGUCGAGGUUUGAGUCCAAGUCAAGACAGAAAAGAAAGAAUGCUUUUGCCAUUGCCAAUAAGAUGAGUUUUGGCAGCCAGGCAUGUGAUUGCAAUGGACAUUGAUUGGCAACCAUGGUUACCAGGCAGCCAAUGUUAAAGCCUGUUUUAAAUGGAUUUUGAAUUAAACCGAUUUUCUCAGAUCAAGUGCGCUUCAUCAAUGGUUUUGUUUUGAAGGAGGAAAAAAAAAAACAGUGAGACAAGUCAGAGGGCAAAUACCAACGAGCACCAGACAAGUCCGAGACAAUAGAAAAAAUGUCUCGAGUCCAAAGUACCGCAGCAUACAGCGAAAUAAGAACAUUAUUUUAAAGAAAGUACUAAGAUUAUAUCUGAUCACUACAGAUGUAGAAAUGAAAUGACAUUCCUAAAUGGACAAUCUUUUAACAUGAUUGUACGUGCAAAGCUUCUUUUGUGCUGCAUGUUAACACGAGUAUGUAUGCUUAAACACUUUUCAUUUGCUUUGUAAAUAAAUGUACAUUUGCUACAAA